AUGUCUGCCUCACCUAGUUCUACUACCUUCCGAUCCCAUGGCUUCCAGGUGCCAUCUAGCUCUACACCUGUGCAACCAUCACCUACUGAUCUGCCCAUCAAUACUGAUGAAGUGGAUGAUAAUCAACUUGUUGGAGAUGCCAAUAAUGGCAGUGAUAGUGAAGAUCCUACUCCUGGUGAUGCAUCCACCAUCAAAAGUAUCGAGGCAACAAUCACAAAAUAUGCAGCUCUCUAUGCUAUUUUGUAUUCUCCCUUUUUGAUGAAGGGUUCCCUUAUGGUGGAACUAGACAGUGAUUUCCAUUCAUGGGCACCAGCAACAGUGUUUUCAUCUGUUGGAAAUUUCAAUCAAUUCUGUGUUCACAAAGUCUUUGAAAUGAAAUAUCCUAUAUUAACUAAGGAGCUCAGUGACCAAUCUGGGGCUAUGCCUUGGUCUGCAAAGGAAUGCACUCAUGGCUCAGAAAUUAUCCUUGCAGCUUUCACUAAUUAG